CAGUGAAUGACAUUGCUUUCCUUCUUGAUUUUUUCAACACCGGGAACUCGAGUUUUGUUGUAUCUUUUUCUAUUAUCUUCCAUGAUUCUGCUUUCAAUUGUUUCUGAAUCCUGAUUUGCCGCCCGCUUGCUGUUUUCCGUCAGUUCUUGCACUGUGAAGUUAUUGCUAUAUAUCAUUGCGUCAUGGGCGGACUCAAAGAGGACCUAGCAUAUGACCCUCCUUGUCAUCCACGCGCAUGUGCCAUACAAGCCUGUCUGACCAAGAACUCAUACCAGGAAGAGAAGUGCCAGUCGCAGAUUAACGCUCUUUACGAAUGCUGCAACUCAUUCUACAAGGAGCAAGGUGAAGACGCAAAGACCCCUAGCUGUCCCAAACCCAGUCUACUGCGACUGCGGAUGAAGCAAAAAAGCCAGGAGUCCUAGCUGCAUGAGCAUCUUCUUAGACCCUUGUUCGUGCCUCGAGUACAUGUACAUACUACUAGAGACCAUCCCUGCAGAUACUGUACAGAGCCCAGUUCAUGUGUUCUACUGUAGAGGCGAAGAUCCGGUCGAAGCAU